AUGUGCUUUAGGAUUCAUUACAAGACAACUGUAUCAUUAUUAGUAUGUUUAGCUAUAAUAGUAAUAAUAUAUGAAUAUCAAAACGAUGCCAUUGACUGUCUAUCAAAUGAUCCACAAAAAUAUUCGACAAACUUAUUAAAUACCAUUUGUUGGACACAAGAAUCAUUUGAAGUCAUCGAUUCUUUAAAUUUAUUUAUCAAUAAUACAAAUCGUUUGACAAAUACUAAGUUGAGAUCUAAUAGUUAUGUUAAUAACUUUCAUUGGAUUGGUUUUCUGUUUUCAAUGCAAGCGCUUUGCUUUUAUAUUCCUCACUGGUUGUGGUCAUCGAUGGAAAACAACAAACUUAAUACACUUUUGUCAACUUUAAUGGACAACAAGAUUCCUGAAGAGAAAAAACUCCUUCAACUAAAUUCUUGUGUCAGAUAUUUGUUAAAACAUAUGAGUAAUCAUGACAUCUAUGCCAUCAAAUAUAUGUCAACCAAAAUGAUAUGUUUAUUGAAUUUAAUAAUUCAAAUAGUAAUCAGUAAUGUGUUUCUUAGCGGACACUUUACUGGACUCGGAUUUUAUCUAUUAUUUAAUUUACAAAACUCUGACCACAAAUCCAUACUUUCCGAUGUCUUCCCGAGGACUGCCAUAUGUCGUCAAAACAGACUUGAGAUCAAUGACCUGAACAAUGAAAUACUUUGUUUGCUUCCCAUUAAUCUGAUUAUUGAAAAACUAUUUUUAUUUCAAUGGUUUUGGUUUUGCAUUUUGUUAAUAAUUAUUAAGAUAUUAUCAACUAUUAAGUAUUGCACACAUUUGUAA